AUGGAACCAACUUCUCUCAAGAGCUCAGACCAUAAUUCUCAAUUGACAGGCCCGAAAGUCGACAGAAAAGGUUCCGUCAAACGGGCGAGACAAAUGUUAGAGGCUGGCAGACGUCCGGAUAUCGCGAUGGCGCCUUCGCAAAGUACUCAUCCUGGUCCCACCCCCAAGCUCAAGGCAGACCAGUCCCAUAUGACGCAGUGGCCUUUACCGACUGACGGUAGUCUGCAAACGAACGUGUCCGGUCCUCAAGCAAGGCUGUUCAUCCCAAAAGGGCCCCCUCCAGAGCGACCACCGCGGCCUGAUGCUCCGUCUCCGUCGGUAUAUUCUGAAAGAAGCAUGUCGGACAUAGCACCCAGUCCCCUUCAUUUGGGCCGGCCUAUCCCAUCAUUUUCGCACCCUUUGCCACAUCCACCACCGCCCCGUCCGCCAUUUAAGGGGCAUCUUCCACCUUACGGACCUGAGCGUGCUGCUCAUCCAGCUCCGCGAGUUCCUAUGACGACUGAUGAAUCGCUUAGGCAAUCCACAGCCUCGUCUUUCGUGUCCAUUCCCUCUAUUCCCGACUUUGCUCUUCCCGCCCAACCUACACCUGCAGAAAUGAACUUGGCCCAAAGACAGCCCCAGGGAAGACUUGCCCCAUCAAAUGCUGCCAGAUUUUCCACGAAGCGCAGGUCCUCUGUCUCUCCGAUACCUGAAGAACUCUCCGACAGCCCAACCAUCUUGCAGGGGUCAUAUGCAUCCAGCCGGGUCAUUCCAUCAAGCUGGGGCUCUGCACCAGCCGGGUCGGAAAUUCUUGGAGCCUACCUAGACGUCGGGUCGGAUGAUGAUCGUGAUCCAACGCCUAGUGUUCACGAGGGGGAUUCGACGCUUGUCCGACAAGCCAGUCUCGGCAAAAGAGGCAAACCGUCACUACGAACGAUCCAGAAGCCCAGCAGCCCAUCCCCGGUAUCAACGGUAGAAGAGCAUUCGGUCAGCAAUAUCAUGCCUGCAGGAACUGCUUCGGAGAAGAUCGCAGCAGAGUCAAAGUACGAAAGACAUUCUGUCUCUACGGUCUCGACCGAAUCGUCUGAAAUCGAUCCGGAAAAACCACCGAUCGUGGUGGACAUUAACGGCCGGCAUCCUGCACUCAAGCACACGGACAAUGACAUGGGGUUUCCUCCGAAGGAGCUGGAAAUCCUCCCCAAGGCUGCACCGACCAUGAGCGACAAGAGGCCGGGAGGCCGCAGACCACCUCGUCUAGAUAUCGGGGCUGUUCGAGCGGCAGAAGCCCGAGGCAGUCUCACAAGCUUGCCUGACCUGAUCCGACGCGCCACGAAGCUCGCUUCAAAUCUUGAGCACGGAAGGACGGCGAGUAGGAAUGAUCUGCUCAAUAACGGAACCAGUAGAUUCGCGCAAGGUGAGUUGCACAUUCAGUGGGCGCAUGAGACCGACCGAAAACUUCGAACAAAACUGACUUCUCGCUCAGGUCACAACGCUCGCAAAUCAGGAUCUAUCAAGGACAUCCUGGCGUCCUUUCCGCCUCCAGCAGGAACGCCCGAGGUGCGCUCCUCGUGGCCAGAUUUCUUCCGGAGAACUCCCAUGCACCAUUUACGAUCGAAUGACACUGGCCCUGAAACUGGCGAGGAGAAAGGCCAGCAGCGCUCGCGCCGUUGCUGUGGCAUGCCGCCGUGGUUAUUCAUAUUCGUCUGUUUUUUGAUCAUCGCCAUAAUCCUCGUCGCUGUUCUGGUACCCGUCUUCCUGGUCGCAGUUCCCCGCCACAAGUCCAGCAGCAGCUCUGGGUCACAAUGCGAAAAGACUACGCCAUGCGAAAAUGGCGGUGUUAGUGUCUCGAGCGGGAGUAUCUGCUCGUGCGUCUGCGCCAACGGCUAUACAGGUUCGCGCUGCACGGUGGGCGGCGAUGCGAGCUGUGUGACCACUGAGAUCGUUCAGGGCUCGACAUCCAAGAAUGCGACCAUGGGCAGCGAUCUUCCGCGCUUAUUCGAAGAGUCAAGCAGUAAUUUCAGCAUUCCGUUGGAUCCGAUCAGCAUCAUGGCUCUAUUCAGCCAAAACAAUGUCUCCUGCACGACCGAGAAUUCGCUCGUCUCUUUCAAAAGCCUCUCCUCGACCUCCAACAAAGCCCGUCGCGCUUCUCUGAUGGAAUCAGUCGGCGACUGGUUGAUAUCCGAAAAGAUCGCUCCCGCUGUCGAGGAAUCGGCGCCAAGUUCCACAACAGGGGAAAUCCCGACGCAGACCCUAGCUGCCCGAGGCUCGGUGGGCACCAAAAACGGCAUCCUCUUCGAUGAAUCGUACACCAGCACCGCAGCAGCAACCACGGCAACCCCGUCAUCGGGUACGGCCACCGAGCAAACCACCCAGGGAACGCCCCCGCCCAAACCCACGUCCACGCCGACCCCUGCCGCCAUUCCGGCAAAGGUGCUCGACUUCUCGCGCAUUGCCGUCCUGUACAUAUUCGAGAAGACCGCCGCGUUCAACGCAGCGAUGCAAACCGAAGGUAAUAUCGAGACGUACCUGGCCGCCUCGUAUUCGACCUCGCAGACGGGCACCUUUGACGUCGACCUCUCCGCUUCGGGCAUCAAGGGGAACUUUACUCUCAACUUUGACGAGUUCACCAUUACCAUGCCGAAUGGGACUGUCGUUGGUGGUAAAUGA